UGCAUCGACGCCAAUUGCUUCGUAAAAUUCUCAAGCAAGACAGAAAAAGAAAACAAAUGUGAAAGUAAAGCUUUAUAAUUUGGCAUUCUCAUUCCAAACUCAAAAUGAGUGCCUACAAUCGAAAAGUAUUGAAGAAAAUGUGCUCCAGCUCGAGCUUCGAUGCGACCGACUGUGGCAUUGACGAGUCGGGCUACGCAUCCUUUAAAGCGCUGCACAACUCAACCGUGGAGGCGCCAUUUUUAUUUGAUCGCGACUGCGAGACUGAAAACUGUCGCAAUGCAUCCAACACGACUGCAAUCCACUCAAAAUCUGACUACAGUUCGCUGCAAUUUCAAACGCCGGGCAAUCUAUCCAACAACAUGUCCCAAUUCCGCAAAUCCAGUUUUAGUCUGACGGAUGCGAGCGAAGAUGCAAGCAAAUUUUCACAACUGAUGUCCACGAAACGACGUAAAUUGCACUGUCAAGCAAUGGCGCACCACAGCAGCCCCAAGAAAUCAAAAAAGAAACUAUUUCCACUGCCGGCGCAGCUGUCCAUCUGCCGUACCCGCUACUACGAUGGCAUCGAGCAGCUGGAUAUCGUUGGCAAGCUGAGCAAUACGCAGCCAGCGUUGGAGUGCAUACUGCAACAUGUUGGCUCGCACACGCUGGACGUAAUGACUCGGGUGUCCGAGUGCUGGGCACUGGCAGUGCAGAAGAGCCAGCGUGCGAUGGAGCGACUGCGCAAUCAUCGCUUCAAGCUCAGCCUGAGCAAGGAGAACGCUGGCAGUCAUCCGCGGAUGAAAGGCCAUCCGAUGCAGUCGAAAAAACAAAUUGCAGUGCCAUUCAACCCAUCCAAUGCCAUACAUAAACCAAAUCAAACACAGGUUAGCUAUAAGCACACCCCGUUGCAGGACAACGCUGGUCCCUUGGUGGAGCAGAUGCAGCGCAUCAAGUGUCCGCGCUGCGGCAAAUGCAGCCGCGUCUUCUACUGUCAGGUGGAGGAGCAGCAAACGCCGCAGACGAUGCCCCAGCACAGGAUUGCUGCUGCCCUUUCGCAAACAUUACCAAACAACAAUUAUGUUGCCUUCAGCGAGACGAAACCAUCUCUGACGCGCUUCUAUUCCAUGGAUGAGAUGAGCAGAUCCUCGCCUCCGCCGCCGUAUUCGGUGGGUGAAUGCACUAGUGUCUUAUGUAAAUUUCGCUUUUGUGUUGAAUGCUGCGGUCUGCCGCAUCCGGGCAAGAAGUGUCUGGUCACCGAGAUGGGCACCCCAUCCAAGAUAAUGAUGCCCGCCGAGAAGGUGACGCCACCUAAGCGCAACCAAAAAACUGACUUCAAGCUCAGUCGUAAAAAGUCCCUGAAGCGUUUGAACUUUUAAGCCAGAAGAACAAAGCAACAUAAAAAGUCGAGAACAACCACAUUAUGUAUCCUUAGUUUAAGUUUAAGUAAUCGCAUUAUCGAAUGUUGCAAGGUUUUCAUGUUUAAAAAUAGUAUUAUAUAGUCGACACACAUUACAAAUUACAUCUCCAUUUUACUGUCAUGAAAUCGUAUUAGUUUUUCCGUUAUUGUAUUAUGUAUGCUGAACAAACAUUCUACCUCUGUGAGAUUAAUUAAACGUAAGACACUUUUUACAUUUUUUAAACGAUCUUUAUAAUUAAACAACCAAAAUGUCAAA